ACGGACAACAUGUUGCAGUUCAUGAAACUAGUUGGGCAGCUAAAAGUGAUUGAUAUUCGUAUUAAAAAUAUCAAUGAUUUGCAGGUUAACCUAUAUUAACGCUUGCUUGUGUAACAGCGCGUACCAGGUACAGGAUGGGUGUACAGAAAUAUCAAACAGCCUGAGAGUGUGUCUGAUCAUAUGAUCAGAAUGUCUAUGAUGGCCUUAACCAUACAGGACGUCACUGACUCUGACAAUAAAGAGAGAUGCAUGAAGCUGGCUUUAGUUCAUGACCUGGCUGAGUGUAUUGUGGGAGAUAUUGCUCCAGCAGACGUUAGCAAAAAUGUUAGCAAAGCAGAGAAACACAGAAGGGAAAGGGAAGCAAUGGUUCACAUCACAGGCCUGUUAGAUUAUGGCUUACGGAAAGAGAUUUACAACUUGUGGGAGAAAGGUUCCAUCAUCCGGAGGUGUUGGGUCUGGUGAAGAGUCUGAAUGAGGAGAGAGCUAGACACAUCGCUGCCAGAGGAGAUAAUGAUUCAGAGAAAACCACGGACACAAACUCUCACACACUAGUGACACCAUGAUCUCAGUUCCUGCUACCUCCAUACAUUUGUAUCUGAGUGUUCACUUUGUCCAGAUAAGCUCUUUUAGUAUAAUCUUAUUUCACUGCACAGAAGCAUGCAUGGUUUGUGGUUGUUUGAUAUUUGUGUCUUGUUUGU